AGCUGCUUUUGUUCCUGAAGCACCAGUGCUAAGCACCAUCACCUAUUCCGUGUCUUCCGCUCACUAUCUUCAGCAGACUACAAUCUUAGUUAUGCCUUUGCGUCGAAUGGUAUAGUUAAUUCUAGCCAGCAUCUCAGCAAAUUGCGCAUCCUUUCUCAGCUGACGUGCUAAACGUCUGUACGCUUGAGAAGCUCGUUCUGCCGUACAAUAUUAAUUGUGCCUUAAAAAAGACUGAGCUUAACCGAGUAGGAGUAUCAACAUUGGUGCGUAAUCGUCCAACCGUUUCGCACCCCAGCUCUCUGAUGGUCGACAGCCGCAUCAACCAUAGCCAUGCGAUUAUCCUACACGUAGCGACGUCGCACAGCGACAGACGAUGAUGCGAUUUUUCGCAGACCCUGAUCUUUCGCACAGAGCUUCGCACGACGGAGUCGCCGGGAGCUUCCCAGGGGAGAAGCGGGCAGUGCUGGGCGACAAGCAGAUUAUCCAGGCGGCUUCGCUUCAGACGGUAGAGCUCGAGCGCGCGGAGAAUCAGCUCCGCAAACAGUGGCAAAAGGGGUUCUCCGGGGGGGAAAAGGCGGAGAAGCGCGCGCGCGGAAGCAGCGGCGGGGGCGGAAGCGGGCAUGGCAGGACUGGGAGCGGCGGGGAGGGGGGGGAAUCGGGGGAAAGGGGAGAAAUGCAGGCCGUCCGAUUAACGGCAUGCUGCGGCCUGUUCAGGGCAGCGAUUUCUUGGAUGUGGCGCUCCUUGCAGGGCUGGCGACGCGGGCUCGCAGGGAGGCGGUCAGGCUUCAGGAGGAGAUGACACGUGUCCUGCGUGACGUGGAAAAAGCGCGGGAAGAGAGCGCGCGCAUGGGAGAGCGCGCCGCGGCGGCUCUCGAAGACGCGGCCGACGCGAUCGAAGCAGCGGCUAGGGUCGCGAUUGGAAAUGGCGGGAAAAAGGGGAGAUUAAUUAAAGUCAAAGUCCCUGAUAGACAGGUGGGAGGGUUUCUUGAUGAGAGCGGCGGCUCGGGGAAAGGUUUAAAGCUGUAUGUUGCGCAACACGAGGCGGAAGAUGCGGGGGAGGCGGAGUUAAGGGGGGAAGGGGAGUUGUCGGAUGACGGGUGGUCCGCGCUUUCCCUUGAUGGCGACUCGGGGAGUGAAGGUAAGGGGGAUAUUCUGGGAACUAGGAGAUUAAAGUCGCGAGUGCUAGGGUUGUAUGGCAUGCGCAGCCGAGACAGGCGGGGAAGGGAGGAAAGAGAUGGUUCGGAUGGCGAUAUAACGGAGGAGGAAGAGGAGGAGGAGGAAGAGGAGGAGGAGGAGGAGGAGGAGAAGGAGGAGGAAGAGGAGGAGGAGGAGGAAGAAGAGGAGGAGGAGGAAGAAGAGGAGGAGGAGGAAGAAGAGGAGGAGGAGGAGGAUGGAGAGGAGGAAGAGGAGGAGGAGGAAACGGAGGCGAGUUUCAGAGGCUUCGCAGCUGUGAAGAAUUAUAGGGAGCAAGAAAAACAGCAACAGCAACAGCAGCAGCAGCAGGAGCAGCAGCAGCAACAACAACACCAGCAGCAGCAGCAGCAGCAGCAGCAGCAGCAACAGCAGCAGCACCAACCGCAGCAGCAGCAGCAGCAGCAGCAGCAGCAGGAGCAGCAGCCACCAGUGUUCGCAACAAUCUUCCCUCGAAUAGAGAAACCCCGCCGCCCCAGCCCCUUGGGGCGAUCAUCCACAGCGGGCCACACCUCUGCAGCCGAAGCAGCCCUCUUUGCUGCCGCAGCAGCAGUCACAGGCGCGUCAGGCCACGCUGCUGCCUCUGCCGCUGCUUUUACUGCCAGGCUAGAAGCUAGCGCCGCUGCUGCGGCUGCUGCUGGUGUUGCUGCUGGUGCUGGUGCUGGUGCGGGUGCGGGUGCUGGGGCGGGGGGGGUUGCUGGGGGGAAGGGGAGUGGCGGAAUGGGGCGACGAGGGGGAGGCACGCCCCUUGAGUCGCCUACCUCCCCCCCGCCGUCUCCCCUGUUCGAAGGGCUAACUGGUGCGGGUUCUACUGGCGGAUCUCACGGUGCUGGGGGAGGGGGGGGAGGAGGGGGGACAGGGGGAGCAGGAGUGGCACCAUUGCUUGCAGGAACCCCUUUGGAGCGAGUGCAGAAACCGCCAGCAGCUGCUGUUGGCUCUGCUUUUGGUUCUGGGUUCGGUUCUGGGCUUGGUUCCGGCUUUGCUGCUUCGCUGGCUGGAUCUCCCGGUUUGCGCUUCCAUGGGCGGCAAAUGUCGGCGCCACCUGCCGAGCUGCUGGAAAUGAGCGGCGGGCUGGGCAGCAGCGGGGGGUUCGGGGGGCUGGCGGCCGCCCAGCUGGUGGCUAUGAAGCGGUUGGAAGCGGCCAAGACUCUCGGGCUGCUGCCAGCCUCUAGUGGGAAUGAGGACGGUGCGGAUGGCGCUGGUGGUGGUGCUGGUGGUGGAGGUGGUUCUGGGGAGGGUGGAACCGGGGGAGGUGCUUCUCCUGGGAGGGACUCGAGCCCGAGAGGGGGUGUGAGGGGGGGAGGAGGGGGUGUGGUGAGCCCUGGUAGAGCGCAGCAGCAGCAGCAGCAGCAGCAGCAGCAGCAGCAGCAGCAGCUGGGGGGAGGGCAGCAGAGUAGCAGCGGGGGAACAGGAGGAGGAGGAGGAGGAGGAGGAGGGGGGGCAGGGAUGCCCCACCAUAUUCCCACCCCUCCCCCUCGCUCCCAGCUCCCUGCUAAUCGCUCCCCAGCCCAACGCCUGGCCGCCUCAGCCCUAGUUCGCCACGCCUCAGUAGACCUUUCAGUCCUACGGGGCGGAUCCGGAGGAGGCUUUACCUGGGGCAGCGCCAACCCCAGAUUCGCUGUGGAUAGGUUGAAUAUGCUAGGCUCGUCCCUAAGUCCCACCUCCCCUGGUUCGCCCUCGUCUGGUUCCCCCUCCCACCACUCCCUCGCGCCGAACCUACGACCCCAGGUGCCAUGGCUACCGGCCACCGAUCCUGAGCUGGCGAACCUGCCGGUUCGGAGGUUUGGCUCGGGGCUGGCGGGUCGGGGAGCAGGCUCGGUGACGAUGAGUGAAGCGGAAUUGACUGCGUUUGUCAAAGGGACGAGUCCAGGAGGUCUUGGGAGAACCCUUAGUGGGAUUGCGGGUAUCACCAGUCGCAGCGGGGGUGGCGGUGGUGCUGGUGGCGGUGGUGGGGGUGGGGGUGCUGAUGCUGGUGGUAGCAGUAUUGAUUCUAGUCCCCUUGGAAGUAAUUCUAGCACCAGCGGUGGUGGUGGUGGUGGUGGUAGCAGUGGUGGUGGGGGUACUAGUAUCCACAGCCUAGGGGAAGGGGUGCCUCGGCUUAUGUCGUCUAUUUUAAUGCAGGAAGGGGGAGCUUCUGCUGCUGCAGGGUUAGGCUUUGGGGGGAGAGGGGGGAGCCCCCUAGGGAUAGCACGCACUGCUUCGCUCUCGCCGCCCAAUUCUGGGGUGGGCGGCGGCAGGUUGCUUCCUCCGCAUUUCCUCAAGUUGACGCUGGGGCGGGUGGGGGAUUCAGGAGGGCAGGCAGGUGGAGGAGGGGGGGAGGCGGAGGAGGCGGAGGAGGCGGAGGGGGCGUUGGGGGCGUUGGAGCAGCAGGAGGGGGAGGGGGGGGAGGGGCAGGAACAGGAGCAGGAGGAGGAGGAGGUGGAGGAGGAGGGGAAGGAUGGGGAGGAGGGUGGGAAGGGAUUGUGGCCCACCGAAAGACCGGCAGCUUAUCGCUCCUCUCCCGAACCAGUUCUGCCGCACCCAGCUUCGGCACAGCCUCUCCUGCCGGAGGCUCGGCAGCAGGUUCGGCAGUGAACUCCCCCCUAGGAAGCGUCUCGUCCGGAUUUAGUGUCAGUCCCGGACUAGCCACUCCUCCAUCCCCCGCAUCCUCCUCCGAAUCCCCUUCCCCCGUUCCUCGCUCCCCUCUUGCCCCGCUCUCCCCGCUCUCCCCUCUAUCCUCCUCGGUUCUCUCUCUCUCCCCCCUCUCCCCUCUCUCGCCCCCGCCCCGCACACUCUCAUUUGCUGGUUUUUUUCCGGACGAGAAUGGCGCGGUUAGCACUACCAACGACGCUACUAAUGCUGCCACCAUGACAGGAAGGGGCGCUGCUGGCGCUGGCAGCAUGAGUGGUGCUGCUGCUGCUGCUGCUGCCUCUGGUUCUGCUGCUGGUGGUGCUGGUUCUGGAGCAACAACAGGGCCAGCAGUCGGGGCACUAGGGUUGGGGUAUGGGGCUGGAGGCAGUGCCGCCACCUCAGGUCAGGGCGGCACCAGCGGUUACAUCUCAUCAGGCAUGGGCGGCGGUUACAUGUCAUCUGACAGCAGGGCCGGCGGUUACGUCUCAUCCGG